AUGCAGUACGUACCGCUGGCGGCCGGUAUUCUGGGCAUGGUGAGCUUCACCCGGCCCCAGGAUAGCCUGCUGUCGAUGCUUAGCUUCCUGCAGGAUGGCGGUGAGCGGAUGACCCACGAACUACCGAGUCAACCGGUGGUUCAACCGGAGUAUGAUUUCAUCGUUGUCGGUGCCGGAUCAGCCGGAAGUGUACUGGCCAAUCGGCUCAGUGAGGUGCCCGACUGGUCGGUACUGCUGAUCGAGGCCGGACCCGGCGAGAACCUGCUGAUGGACAUUCCGAUGGCGGCACACUAUCUGCAAAACUUCAACAUCAACUGGGACUAUCGCACGAAGCCGAGCGAUCGGUAUUGUUUGGCGUUCAAGAACAACCAGUGCCGCUUCCCGCGUGGCAAGGUGAUGGGUGGUUCCAGCGUGCUGAACUACAUGAUCUACACGCGUGGCAAUCGGCGGGAUUUUGACCAUUGGGCGGACAUGGGCAAUCCGGGCUGGUCGUACGAGGAUGUGCUGCCGUACUUCAAGAAGCUCGAGCACAGUGUCGUACCGGACGCAAAUCCGGCCUACGCGGGCAAGAACGGUCCACUGACGAUUUCCUAUCCGCGCUUCCGUUCGGAUACGGCGAAAGCGUUCGUGCAAGGUGCAAUAGAGGAUGGUGCACCGUAUGUCGACUACAACGGGCCUACCCAGAUCGGGGUCUCGUACAUCCAGAGCACUACGAAGGAUGGCAAGCGGGACAGUACGAAUGUGGCGUAUCUGUACGAUAUGCGCAACCGCUCGAACCUGCACGUAAAGAAAUCCAGCCAAGUGACCAGAAUUUUGUUCGACCGCACUACAAACCGAGCGACGGGUGUACGCUUCUAUCACGCGGGCCGCUUUUACACGGUACGUGCCCGGCGGGAGGUGAUCGUGUCUGCCGGUGCGAUUGGAUCACCCCAUCUGCUAAUGCUUUCCGGGAUCGGACCUGCGGAACAUCUCCGAGCGAACGGCAUCAAACCGGUUGCGGACCUGCCGGUAGGGUUCAACUUCCAAGAUCAUACCGCUGCCGGUGGGAUUACCUUUUUGGUGAACGACACCACAACGCUCACGCACAAGAACGUCUUCCAGCUGGAUAACUUCAUGAAGUUCCAGUACGAAAAGCGUGGACCGUUUACAUCGACGGGGGGCUGCGAGGCUAUCGCCUUUUACGAUUCCGAACACCCGAGAGAUCCCGACGGAUGGCCAGAUUAUGAGCUGCUGCACAUCGGCGGUACGAUCGGUGCUGACCCAACGUACGAGGUGAACUUCAACUACAAGUCCAAAACAUUCAGCACACUGUUUGGCGAGAUUCAGCGCAAAAGCUACGACGGAUUUACGGUGUUUCCGUUGAUCAUGCGACCACGGAGCAAGGGCCGGAUCUAUCUGAACGGUUCCAACCCGUUUAGACAUCCGAUCAUCGAACCGAACUACUUUGACGAUCCGUACGAUCUGGACAUUUCGGUACGCGCCAUCCGGAAGGCGAUCGAGCUGAGUCGGACGGCAGCGUUGCAGCGCUACAAUGCGCGGCUGGUAGAGAUUCCGAUGCCGGGUUGUGAACACCAUCGGUUCAAUUCGGACGACUACUGGAAGUGUUUCUCGCGCCAUGCCACCUUCACCAUCUACCAUCACGUGGGUACGUGCAAAAUGGGACCCCGAAAGGACCCGACCGCCGUGGUAGAUGCGAGGUUACGCGUGCACGGUGUCAAAGGGUUGCGGGUGAUCGACGCCAGCAUAAUGCCGGAUGUACCGGCGGGCCAUACGAAUGCGCCCACCAUCAUGAUUGGUGAGAAGGGAGCCGACAUGAUCAAGCAAGACUGGAAUGAGCUUACGUAG